AUGGCCACUCUGGAUGCCGGCAUGACUGUCAGCGGGGCUGUUUCGGCAGCCCAGCGGGUCAUGUCGCUUCCAGAGAUGGUCAGCGAGAUCCUGGACUGGGCCAUGGUCGACAAUCCCUCCCCAUCCAACCUGGCAAAGCUGGCCCGCACCAACCGGGUCUGGUAUUCCGAGUCCCGGCGCCGUCUCUGGCAACACGGCACAGAAGUAAAGGGCUGUUCCCUCCCAGAAGUCAUGGAAAAGCUUCAGGAGGGACAGCACCGCUUUCUGCAUGCCAGCCGGGUGAAGAGCGCCAACCUGGUCAAUAUCUGGAAGGGCAACGUCGCCGAGAGCACCAGCGCCCUUAAAGGGCUGAGGUUUGAGCACAUGGAAUACCUGGCGAUUAUCAUCCGGAACACGGAAGCCCAGAGAUUCCAAAUGCCAGUCAUUAAGGCACCAAUGGUGAAGAUCUUGGACAUUCGACUUGGCCAUUACGAGCAGGACUCGGCAUCGACUUGGCACUACAGAUUCCAGCGCGACAAUCAUGGCUUCCGACGCCGCCACCUCCAUGAACACAUUGUCACCUCUUUGAUCCGGGUUAUCAAGAAAGACUUCCCAAACCUUCAAGCCAUUAUGCUGGGACCAAGCCCCGAGAAUUCCUUGCCUAUCAACCCUCCAUUGGGCUGGCCAACGAUCAUCCAAAGAUUUCAAGACGAGUUCCCAGGAAUCCAGGUAUCCCAGUACCCGGUGCCAACAACUGGAGCCAAAUUGCUGGAGGGGCUACGGGCCUAA